UGACCCCUUCUUAAUAUUUUAGCAAUUCCACCAAACCCUAUAAAUACGUUCCGUCAACGGUGUCACCUUUCCGCCACACCACAUCCCCACGACGCCACAACCACCACCACCACCACCGUCGUAAACCGUUGUGACCGUGGAUGUCGGUGUUAAAACCGUACAAUUUUCCCUCAUUUCCUAUCUAGGUUUCGAAUCAAAUGAUCUGUUAUCGGAGAAACGAUCGGAAGAAUGCCGUCAUUUGCCGUAACUCCGAGAAGCUCUGCUUAUUUCUCUGCUCUCACACAAGAGAUCGAUAAAAAGCUUCAAAAGGCGAUUGCUUCACCGAAUCAGAGACGCGAUUUGUUACAAGCGUUGUUUGCUGAUAUAGCUUUGGAAGUUGAUGAUCGAGCUAGAGACAUAAUUCUUGGCAGAGAAGAUGCAGCUUCUGAUUCAUUAAUAGAAGUAAAGAUUCCCAUAUGCUUUUACGAUGUUCUUGCUGAUCAUUUUUCCUUGGAACCUGAACAUGGGAAACCGAUUCUUGUUUUGAUUGUUCAACUCUGGAGCCAGCCGUUCGCUUCUCAUAUUUUUGCCCUUCUUUUUCACAAAUGGCUAUUUGAAGUUGAACUUGAUAAUUCAGAUGUCCUCCUUCGUUACUCAUCAGCUCUUGUGCAAGGUGCCACAAACGUCUUCUGGAUUGAUAUUCAGACAAACACGACACACUUCCAGAGUCUUUUCUUGUACCUUUUCGAUGAUGUGGCAUUGAUGCCUAUGAGGUUGAAGAAAAUCCCUUUGCAGACACAACGAGAUCUAUUUCUUCUUCUUUCAAGAUUCAUAUUCCUUUAUAAUCAAGUUGACAAGAUCGAAAGCUUUUUAAAGAACUUUCCGGAAUUCCCGAAUGCUUUCUUAAUUGGUGGUCCCGCAGACAUGUUUGUUAUUGAACUAACUGAUCAGCUUCAAAAACUGAAAGUGGAACCAGUGCUGUUACAUUAUCUCUCCCACAUUAAAGUUCUCCAAGGUCUGGAACUGAGAAUGACUACAAGCACUAGACUUAAAACAUGCUUGUACAGCUUCACUUCUCCCGGUGGUCCAAUGUAUCCAACAAGAGCUGUUCGUCAUGCGGCCUGGGAUGCGCUGGAUUUUCUUUUCCCUGUGGGGCGAUAUCCUCGACAUAUCAUUAGUCUAUUUUUCCGGCUAAUGUAUCCAUGGUACUGGCCAUCUUCAUGCUGGAACUUUGUCUUGUCAUGUAUACAAGCUAUACUAUACUCAAUCUUGAGUCGCAUAUUUCCUAGCUUUAAGUCAAGGAACCCGAAACAGUCUUAGCCAUGGCUAACCGAAUUACUCUUCGUGGCUCCAUGUAGCCGGGCUAGCUCGUAUUUUGUGGUAAUUCUUUUUCCAAAAAUGAGAAGGGUUUAUGUACAUGCUUUAAUUUGAAUAUUAUCCUGUAUUUUUGUUCAGUAUACUUUUAGAAGUUUCCAUGGUUAACAAAGUAUAUACAUUAUCUGUUCGUUUGUUUGUUAUAAUCUCAUAUUUGUAAGUGUUAAAUUA